AUGAUUAUUUUGGAACUUGUCGAGUUGGGCAAUACUGCAGGUGUUAGGCCAGAUAGAAAUGAAAAUGCAAGAUCCGUGCCAUCUGUUCAAUUUUUCUUUGAUGCUAAAUCGGUGAUAUUAGACAGUGAAUUCUUAUCAAACUCAGGAGUAGAUGAACAUUCAUGGAAGUUGGCAUAUCUCGACGAUGAAGAAUCAAGAGGUAACAACAAUAAAUUUAAUGUCUAA